CAGAGGAGAACUGGCUCCCGGUUCCGCCGCUGACGGAACACCUGCGGCUCCUCUGGAUUUUUGGGGGUGGGGGGGGGGUUGCGGACGGAUGACUUGAGUUUUUCCUGGAAGCAGAUGUUCUGGACGUGUCUGUGCGCUUUCCGGGGCUGAAGUUCGAAGUCUUUUUUUCGGGGUCUGGGCUCCAAAUGCAUUUGCUCCUCCUGGGCCGGGAGAAGAAAGAAGAAGAAGCCGGUUGUGUGGGUGUGUGCGCGGGCACCAUGUUCAGCUGUGUGGGCUGUUUCUGGGUGCUGCUGUCCUCCUCUCUGGUGGCCGUGUGCAGCUUCAGCUUCAUCUCUCCCGCCUGGAUCGUCAGGGAGCAGCCAAGGACCAGCAGCAGCAGCCAGGACUCUGUCAGCUUCGGCUUGCUGUGGCACUGCUCCGAGUCUCUGGACCACAUGUACCGCUGCUACACCUUCGGAGGUCUGGGCAAGUUCGCGGAGAUCCCGUCCAGCUCCUGGCAGACCAGCGCGGUGCUCUGUUCAGGAGGUUGUGCUCUGCUGGCUGUCAGCUCCCUGCUGGCCAUCAUCACCAUCUUCCUGCCCGGCGGAGGGUGCGAGAGGAGGAUCUGCACCCUGGCUGGAUACAUGCAGAUGGCUGCAGUGUUCAUCAUGGCUGCCGGCCUCCUGGUCUACCCCUUUGGCCUGAACUCCACUCUGGUCAGAUCUUUCUGCGGGCACUCUGACAUCUACUACGCCGGUGAAUGCCAGAUCGGCUGGGGCUACAUGCUGGCUAUAGUUGGAGUUAUGCUCACAGUCUUCUUGCCCUUUUUUGCCAAAUACGCACCGAAGGAGCAGCUGUCGCCCACCCCUUUGCCCACUCUCUUAUAGUGCACUGGAACCUGUGGGAACAAGGUCUGGUUUCUCCUUCCUGACCACUCUCUGUUUGGGUUUGUUCCUUGUUUUUAAAAAGUGGAACCACGCUCUGUGUUGAAUGAAACUGACAACAAAGUCUUCCUUCUUCAAAUUAGGUUUUUUCUUUUUUUUUUUUUUUUUUUUACGAGGAAUGUUGUGAUUUUUAAACAAAUCAAUUCCAGUCAGAAAAAUAGCAUCAACCUUUACUACCACCACUGUAAAAUGUGGACAAAUCUUAACAAGUAGCUGUAAUCUUUUUUGUUGUUGGUAAUAAGUAACCGUGUGCAACAUUCCGAAACAGACGUGAAGUUGUCUGCA